UAGUGGUCGCGCGCGAGUACGGCGGCGUGUGCGCAUGUCAUGUCUUGCCGCCAUAACAAACAAAAUUAACCCGCCAUUAUUAAAAAAAGUUUUCAUGUGUUAUUGAAAUUGAAACGUGACAGUUAUAUUUUAUCUGUGGACUCUUGUUUCGUGUAAUCGUAGAACAAGACGGACGUCACGAGCGGAAAGUGUUAAAGCAGAGUGUAUGUGGCAUCGGUGCGAUUUAAAAAGUUGUACCAUGAAAACCCGUUCGGUGUAGACGAUCCCACGCCACUCGGUGUUAUGCAAGCGACUUUAAUCAUCUUGCCUGUCGUAUUGACAUAGAGCGUUGACAUUUCGUUCCAAUGCCGAGCGUAUAGGCAAUGGCUUUGGUAAAUUUUACGCUCACCGCACCCGAGGCGGUGGCGCCAGUGCUUGAUGCAACGUCACCAUCACCACUGCGCGUUGACCUCGACGACCUGCUCUACUCUCCGGAGGGCCAACAGCCAGACUACGUAGCACAGGAAGGAAGCAAUGAACCCUUCAGUCCCCCUUCGAAUCAAAAACGAUCUAAGAUUAGAAAACGGGCAGGCUCUACAUAUCUGCCACCGCCAAAUCAAUACACACGCUACCCUAGCAUGCCUCAUAAUCCUUACGGCGCGCAGAUGCACACACAGUUAUACCAACAGAAUUCGAGGCUAGAUAUACAAAUAGACCAUCAACGAGUACAAGAAGUGAAUACACAGUUUGAUAAUACUGGCCAAUAUGUUCACGAUCCCACAGGGGAUUAUGACUAUGAACAGCGAAGAUUAGGUCAGAACGGUCAACCUCCCGCAUACAAUCCUGGAUACGCGGAAGGCUUCAGUCCGGCUUCGACGCCGAGCUCUUCUAGUCGUAAGUUCGAUGGGAAUUCGAAUCAGAACGUGCACAAUUUCAACUUUUUAAACAGACCAGUUUCGACUCAUUCUCCUAAUGAAGUAAAGAAUAUUGGUGUUAGCACGAGCGGACAGCCUCCCACAGAUCGACCGCGCGGCUUCACCAAAGUGGAACAAGGAAGUCCGGGAGGCAAAACACAGCUCCACGCGGUACUAGACUAUGACGACGACGAUGAAUAUUAUGAUGAUCUCUCCGGAGCAGGUCAACCUGCUGUGACGCCGCUGCAAGGUCCGAUACUUCUACGAAACGGAUCAGUGCCGGUCGUUCCUUUAACCUCCUAUAAGACAGUCAACAAUGGAUCCUUCUACCAAAUACCGAUUUUAUGGACAGCACUAUCUUUAGCUCUCGGAUACGAGCUCCAGGGUCAAAUAAUCAGAGGUGUGCCGUGCGUUAAGAGAAACUACCAGUUGUAUUGCCCAACGGCUGGAAACUCAUAUCCUUUGGAACAAAUCGAAACCUUCAUAGACGAGAACAAAGCGUUGAUAAAACGGAUGUACGGUUCGUUUUCAACGCCGCCCGGCAGCCGAGUGAAGAGGGCCCCCGGAGUUCCGGACAUGCAUGACGCAUCUGGGGAUUCGUACUUCCGUCACGCAAGACAGGCCUCUAACACGCAACUGCCUGACGCGCAGGCCGUCAACAGUACCGGCAGGGUGGAUGCGUGCGAGAGCAAAACGGAAAUCAUGACACCAUACUGGGCCCUCAACUCGGCAAGGAAACUCCGUGCUAUUGUGAACACUAUGCACUUUGAACAGGCCAUACAUCAGGAAACUUGCAGCAAAACCACGACCGGCCGUUGCAACAGAGACUGUGGUUGCGAGCAAAAAUACAAAUGGCACCGGCUGCUCGCCUACGAUCCGUCAGACGACUGCGCCGGUAUCUUCAUGGACUGGUUCCUAUUUCCGUCCUGCUGCGUUUGCAGGUGUAAGCCUUGAUAAUUUUUGUUCCAUCCUCAACUAUAUAGAAUUUCACUGGGAGUUAUUGUAGAAUUAUUAGAUGUAGAAUUUGAGAGUACGUACUCGUUCAUUGACCUCGUUUACAGACGUGACCACAAAACUGUAAAAUAUCCGAAACCUCGGAUUCAACCGUAAAAGUACUUGCAAUUAAGCCUACGACUCGCGAAAAUCGAAUAUCAAAUCAGUACCAAAACUUGUUGGAGGCCAAAAGUUAAUUCGGCUAACAUUAUUUUAUUAAAUUAAUGUUAUUUAAAAACUCACUUAAACUCACUUCACUCUCCGCAAAUCAAAGCAUUCACAAAAAACUCCCAAAUGAAAAGUGAAAUUAACGUAUUAAUUUAUCAUUAUUUUGUAUUAGCGAGCAAAAUCAAGCUCGUACAUUUAGAAGCUAUUUCUUUUUAAUUAUUAUUCUAAAGUCAGAUUAUUAUGUCGUUUCAUUCUAUUAGAUUUAUAUAGAACACUGCCAUUGUAUUGUUACGAACAAGGAACAUCUAUCUAUUUAUAAGCUAGUUAAGGUUCAUAAAAUCGUCUUUUUAAUCAAUGUAUUUCAUAUGUUCGAAUUUUAAUCAUAAACUAAAAUGUACUUAAGCAAAUUUUGAGUAAUUUAACGUUAUGAAAAAGAAAAAUCUAGUGUCUGAGUCAAUUCGUAUUUAAUUAUUUUUUUGUAUAGUUUAAUUAAUAAUUGUUUAAUGUUUUCGUAAUAGAACGAUGUUAAUGUAAUACCAGAUUUGUAAUUUUCAUUCCCUUGACGGAAUAUAUUCUUAAUUCAACUGUGUCGAUACUCAAAUAAGUAUUUCUCGAUAUUAAA